GCUUAAACUUACAGGUUCUUGGAAAUUCUAGAACAAUCUCCAUUUCCGAUACUAUUCCAUUAGAAAGUUGAAACCCUAAAAUCAAUUAUCCUCAAACUUGAAUUGUAGAGAGAGAAAGAAGCUCGAAUCAUUCAACAAUGGCGGAACAUUUGGCAUCGAUAUUCGGUACAGAAAAGGAUAGAGUUAAUUGUCCUUUCUACUUCAAGAUCGGAGCAUGCAGACAUGGCGAUCGUUGCUCGCGGCUUCACACUAAGCCUAGCAUUAGCCCUACUCUUUUGCUUUCCAACAUGUACCAACGACCUGAUAUGAUUACUCCUGGCGUCGAUGCUCAGGGUAAUCCUAUUGAUCCUCGUAAGAUUCAAGAACACUUUGAGGACUUUUAUGAGGAUUUAUUUGAGGAACUCAACAAAUAUGGAGAAAUUGAGUCUCUGAACAUUUGUGACAACUUGGCGGACCACAUGGUGGGAAAUGUCUAUGUUCAAUUCAGAGAAGAAGAGCAAGCUUCUAAUGCACUCCGUAAUUUAAGUGGAAGGUUCUAUGCUGGCCGUCCUAUCAUUGUGGAUUUCUCUCCAGUUACAGAUUUUCGUGAAGCCACGUGCAGACAGUAUGAAGAGAACACUUGCAAUCGUGGUGGAUAUUGUAACUUCAUGCAUCUUAAGAAAAUUAGCAGGGAAUUGAAGCGUCAUUUGUUCGGAAGGUAUAGGAGAAGACGCAGCAGAAGUAGAAGCAGAAGCCCAUACAGGCAUAGAAGCUAUGACUAUGAUGACCGCCACCAUGGGCACAGUAGUCACAGCAGCAGAAGACAUGAUGAGAGGGAGAUGUAUUAUGAAAGCCGUAGCAAGAGACAUAGAAGCACUAGUCCUCACCGGCGAGGAAAGAGCAGAAGUCCUGGUAGGAGGGACAGGAGCCCUGUCAGGGAAGGAAGUGAAGAAAGACGUGCAAAGAUUGAGCAGUGGAAUAGAGAAAAGGAAGAAGCUGAACGUUCGACAAAGAUCGAGGCUAGCAAUGGAAACAAUGACAACCACCAUUAUGAUAAGGCUGCUCAGAAUGAAGAGAAUCAUGGUCUCCAACAACCAGUAGAUCAACAUCAGGAGGAAUUUGGUUAUUAAUCAGCUAACAGCAUGGUUCGUUUUUUACUUUGUCUCUACUGGUGUGGCUAGUAAAAAGUUUACGUAUUGGCAUAAGCCAUAAGACUUAUAAAUUUCUCUUACAGCCCAUUUUCCGAUGUGCAGGUGUGCAGGUUCACACUUAUGCCAUAUGGAAUUUGAUGUGUUUCCCUUUUUUAUGAACAAGCAUCUUCAUUCUUCCAUAUUGCAUUUUUCAUGUUUUACCUCUAUAUGAUGUUCAAAAUGUUGUUUUUCACCCUUCCUGGUUUGAAUUAUAGAACCAUCAAUUUUUGCUUUGAAGCUCAAGAAAAUCUGAAGCCAACUUAAUUUGUCCUUCAUUUCUUUUGUCCGGUUUUGUGACACCUGUCUUGAGAUCUGGAUUUUAUCGCUAAUCUCCCCUGUGUGUUUUCAUGUUGUCUCCUAAGAUGACGAUGUAUGCUCUACUUGUGGCUUUUCUGUAAUUGCUUUCUUGCUUUCCUGAUGUAUUUGAAAAUUCAAUUUAUAUGGACAUCUUCUAGGACUAGGAGCAGGAGUAUCAAGUAAGUGGACUAGCAAUCAAGCCUGACCUGAAAUGAUUUUGUUUUUCCAUUGGAAAAAUUAAUAUUAAUAUUCCAAAAUUUUAUCUAUCUUCUCAAAAUAAACCAUAAUAUUGGUUAACUCAAAAUUCCAUACUGUUGAGCUAACUUAUUCUUGAUAAUGCAUAGUUUUGUUUUUCGUUUGAAAAACACAAUUUUUUAAUACAAUUUUUUUAGUAAAAACACUGUCUAGUCUAGAUUUUUGAAAGAAAGCUACUACAAUUGUAUGGGUUUUUUAUGAGUUAACCAAUAAAUGUGUAUUUUGAGACGAUGGCCAAACGUUUGGAUUAUUAAUAUCAAUUUUUUUAUUCAUGUUUAUGGCAUCCGGAGUUUCACUUUGGUCAAAUCUUAAUAUUACCUCAUAAUUUUGAGGAAAAUAAAAAGAUUGUGUGGAUUUUAUGUUUUCUUUCUGCCUUUAUCAUGGGCACUGAGAUAGUCUCAAGGAUUCAGUUGUUGCAUAAUGUUAUCCAAAGAGUCUUGCAUGAUUAUGUAGUCAGGGCUGACCGAGGCACAGCACUUCCAGAAUAGUAACAGCAGUUUCUCACACAUGACCAUCUAUUCGGUUUCAUUUACUUUGCGCACUUUUCUGAACUAUUUCGUUAAUUCCUGGGUGAUGAUCUUACAGACAAUUGUGAGUUUUGCAGGUGCAGAUUACCCUGCUCAGGAACAAACAUCAAUUAUAUUCUCAGCUUACGGUGGCAUUUGUGUGUACAGGUAUCUAUUUUGGCAAUCGGAGGGUUGCGUUUGCAGGUUGCAGGUUUACGUGAUGUUUUGACAAUGGAGAAGUCUCAGUGCACCCAUUGUGAACCUUUAGUUGUAGAAGUAUGUUUCGUUAGAGUUGGAUCUAAACCUGUAGGGGAUUUAGAUGGUGAAUUAUAUUUUUAUACUUCUUCGUGUUGCUGGAAAAACAUAUUGUUGACUGAACUAUGUUAUGUUGUGUUCAUUAUCAGACGAUAUUCAGAUUAUGAUUCAUUACUAUGCUUA